GUUAGUGGCCAUGUUUUCCUGAAGCUAACUGUGUUUAGUGUUGUGUUGUGUUGUGUAGGGAGUAGCUGCGAACAACACGAACUGCUUGACAGUACGCCAUCGAGUCCAGGCUUUUUUUGUUAUUAUUAUUAUUUUAACAAUAUGAAGCACAACUCAAACGUCCCUGCCUUCCUUACCAAGCUGUGGACGCUGGUGGAGGACGAAAACACUAAUGAGUUCAUUUGCUGGAGUCAGGGGGGCAACAGCUUUCUGGUGUCGGACGAACAGCGCUUUGCCAAGGAGAUUCUGCCCAAAUUCUUCAAGCACAACAACAUGGCUAGUUUCAUAAGGCAGCUGAACAUGUAUGGGUUCCGCAAAGUGAUGCACAUGGACGCAGGCGUUGUGAAACAGGAGAGGGAUGGUCCUGUGGAGUUCCAACACCCCUACUUUAAACAUGGACAGGAUGACCUGCUGGAGAACAUCAAGAGGAAGGCUUCCAACACUCGUCCGGAAGAUACCAAAAUUCGUAAGGACGACGUGUCGAAGAUCUUUGCAAGUGUCCACAACGUUCACAGCAAACAGGAAAACGCUGACGCAAGACUGGCGAACCUCGAGAGGGAUAAUAAAGCUUUGUGGAGGGAAAUCGCAGACCUGACACAGAAACACGCACACCAACAACAGCUUAUCAGAAAGCUGAUCCAGUUCAUCAUCACACUGGUGCAACAAAACCGCAUCAUCAAUUUGAAACGCAAAAGACCAAUUCUUAUGGACGAUGGAAAGAUGCCCAAAUGCAAUUAUCAAAUCUAUAAAGACGUGUGCAUGGAACAGUCAUCUGUCAGCACUCUGAGUAGUGUAAGAGGCUCUGAGAUCGCCGACGACGUCUUCAUGUGUGACAUGGCGGCAAAUGAAACUGAGGUGACAGCUGACAUCACAGAGGACUCCACCAGGGCCUAUGAGCAAAGUGACGUUGAAAUCGUGGAGGUGAAGACAGACAGCCAUUCGGUGUUCCCAACGGAGACCGAAGUCAGUGCCACCUGCGCAGAUGGCAAACACAAAGACGCCGAUAAGUUAGCAGCGCCAGGGAGCAGUCUGCACAACAUAGGAGCGACCAGCGGUCCACCGCAACAGAACAAACCCUCGGGCCUGAGUCAAGAAGACCCGGUUAAGAUGAUGGACACCAUACUGACUGAGAACGGAGCGAUUUCACAGAACAUAAACCUGCUGGGCAAGGUGGAUCUGAUGGACUAUUUGGACAGCAUUGACUGCAGUCUGGAGGAUUUUCAGGCCAUGCUGUGUGGGAAACCGUUCGGUGUCGAUUUUGACAUCAUGGAGGAGAGCCUGUCCUUCAAAGAGAGCAGCGCAAUGAUGCAAACCGGCAAACCAGAAGAAAACGACAACACACAUAAGCAGUUGAUCCAGUACACAUCCUCCCCCCUGCUGGCCUUCGUGGACGGCCGCACUUCACCGUCAGAGCUCGAUCUGGGCACCAGCAGCAGAUGUACAAGAACCUCCAGGGCAAACCGUCAGCCCUCUUCCAGUCUCGGCUCUCCUGCGGAGGCUGAACCGGCCUUAGAACUGCUGAGCGACAGCCCGGAGCUGCAAUCUCCCCUCAGCAGCGCCCUGAUCCGCCUGGAACCUCUGACAGAGGAAGAGGCCAGCGAGGAGACGAUUUUCUACUUCUCCGGACUGAGCCCUGCUAGCCUGGAGGCCGACUCUCCGCAGCUCGACAGCGAUACGAGCACGAGAAGAGAAGGAGAAGUCCCCGCAAAACUCUUACACAAUUUGAAGUAGCCGAGUUGCAGUUCAAAUUUUUUUUUUUUUAUUUAUUUCUGAACACCCCAGAACUAUAAUCACUGUGUCAACCGUUCCUCAGCUGGUUUGUUUCAAAGUUUAAAUUUUCUUUUCAUAGUUAUCCGAAAGAAGUGGCGACAGGCUUCUCACGACAGCAUCCCUUUAAGUUGUGCGUUUUGGCAAGGGCUAUUGUUCGAGUUCCAGAUUGACAGUCCAGUAUCAAAAUCGAGAGCUCGAGUUCAAGAGUUUCGGUGAGCGAUGCGUGUGCGUGUGUUAAACGGCUCUUUUUUUUUUUUUUAUGUUCACUCCGUUCAAAGUAAAUAUUACUGUUCUGCAAUUCUGUAACAACUAUAAAUACCUCCAAACACGCACAGAGCAUCCAUUCUUUACAUUAACUAACUAAGGCACAGGGCCGGAUGUGGUCCGUUCAGCUUUUUAGCAGAUAAUGGUACAAAAGCCUAGAGUGCCCUCUAGCGGCUGUCAGUGUGAAAAUAACAAACGUGAAAUUAUAUAUUUUAAUAUAUAAGUCACACCUAAGUAUACGUUGCAAACCCUGCCAUGGGAUGGGGAAAAAAGUGUGACUCGUAGUCUGGAAAUUACUGUAGUUUGCAGUAUUUUAAAUGGGGACUCUACAGUAACACCACUUACCAUAAUAGGAACAAAGUGUUCAUGUGAUUCCCAGACUGAUUCAGUGCCUUCAUGUGCUCAUAAUAAACAAUACAUUUAUCACCGGCAUAAAAAAUAA